AUGAAGGCCCUGCUCCUGGCCAUCGGCCUCGGCCUCAUCACCGUCCUCCAGGCCCAGGAUCCCCCGGCCUCGGGCGAGGACUCGACGGCUAUGUCAGGAAAAUGGUACCUGAAGGCCAUGAUCACAGACCGAGAGACAUCCCAGAAGAAGCUGGAGUUGGUGACUCCCAUGACCCUCACGGUUCUGGAGGGGGGCAACCUGAAAGCCGAGACCACCUUGCUGAUAAAUGGUCAGUGCAAGGAGGUGGAACUGAUCCUGGAGAAAACCUCUGAGCCCAACAAAUACUUGCUCUACGGGGGCAAGCGUGUCGUGUACAUCGAGCAGACAGAGGUGAAGGACCACUACAUUUUCUACUGUGAGGGCGAGAUCCAGGGGGAGCAGGCCCGAAUGGCAAAGCUUGUGGGAAGAGACCCCGAGAGCAACGAGGAGGCCUUGGAGAAUUUUCGGGAGUUCAUAAGAGCCAAAGGAUUCAACCAGGAGAUCUUCUCCCCCAAACAAAGCGACACCUGCCCUCCCGGGACAGAUCAGGAGCCAGAGGCGUGAGGAACGGAUCCACUGCAGCCCCGGGGCGGCACCACCAGGACCCUCUGUCCUGCACGACAUGGAAGGAACCCCUGCCCACCACCCACCGGGCCUGGGCUCGCCCCGCCCCUCCUGCCGCCCUCCCCUCCCCCGCCUCCCUGCCCCACCCCUCUCCUGUCCCCACAUAAAGAGCCUCUGCAAUCA